GACCACUGCGACUACGUCUUCGUCAAUGGCAAAGAGACAAAGGGCAGGAUGGAGGCCGUGGUGAAUUUCACCUACCAGUACCUGAGCGCCCCACUGCGCAUCACCGUGUGGGUGCCCCGGCUGUCCCUGCAGAUCGAGGUCUCUGACACUGAGCUCAGCCAGAUUAAGGGCUGGAGGGUCCCCAUCCUGGCCAGCAAGAGGGCCACACGGGAGAGCGAGGAAGAGGAGGAGGAGGAGCGCCGGGACCCAGACCAGACGUGUGAGUUCGGGGUCCAGCGCCUUGUCUGGGUCAUCGUGCUGUUCAGCGACAGCUCGGCGACCCCCCUGGACGUCUAUGACACCCAGGACUUCUCCCUGGCUGCCAGCUCCCUGGACGAGGCCGUGGUAUCUGUUGCCCCCACCCGCUCUCCCAGGUGGCCCACCGUGGUGGCCGAAGGGGAAGGGCAGGGCCCACUGGUCCAAGUGGACAUGACUAUCACAGAGGCCUGCCAAAAAUCCAAAUGCAAGAGUGUCCUGGCCGUGGGCUUCGGCAACGUCAGGGUCAAGUUUGGACGGAACGACACCGACCCCAGCCCCACCAGAGACGCGGAGGAGGAGGAGACCAAGAACCAUGCCAGCCACUGUCGGAAGGGCCAGGACGAGAGUCCCGUCCAGGAUGGGCCGUCCCCCGAGCGUGAGGAAGGGGCCCUGCGGAGGGCCACCACGAGGGCCAGGUCGCUACUGGAUGGCAGGGCGGUGAAGAGCCGCUGGCUGGACGGGGCUGGGCCUCCCCGGGGCAGGUGCGGGGCUGGAGGGGAACGGCCUGCUGCAGGCGCCCCGGGCCUGAGCGACCUGGAGAUCGGUAUGUACGCCCUGCUGGGCGUCUUCUGCCUGGCCAUCCUGGUCUUCCUGAUCAACUGCGCCACCUUUGCCCUCAAGUACAGGCACAAGCAAGUCCCCCCCGAGGGCCAGGCCUCCGUGACCCACUCCCACGACUGGAUGUGGCUGGGCACUGGGGCGGAGCUCCUGGGGAGCCUGGGGGACCCCGCACCGCCCCCGGAGGAGCACACCACCGUCAUCGACCGUGGGCUGGGGGGCUGCACCGAGGGCCGCCACCUGCUCCUCAACGGGGACUCCCAGAAGCACAUGCAGGGCCAGGGGCGCUGGCCCGCGGAAUCCGGGAGGCCGGGCCAGGCGCAGCAGCAGGAGCCCCCACACUCGCCCACCUCCAAGCGGAAGAAGGUGAAGUUCGCCACCUUCCCCACCUGCCCCACCGACGGCGGCUGCCCCACCGUGAACUCCAUCCUCGGGGCCAAGGAGGACAUCUCGUGGGUGCACCAGGACGUGGACGCGGGAGCCCCCGAGGAGCUCAGAGAUGCCCUGGAGGACUUCCAGGGGAAGGUGUAG